AGAGGAUCCACCUUAAAAGAGCCCACCGAGGAGUGGGGCGCAGCGCAAGGAAGACAAGAUGGACUUCCAUGAAGCCAAACAUCAACUUCUGCUGCUUGUGAACAAAGUCCAGCCUUCAGACGUCCCAAAACUCAUUGAGUGGGUCAGAACAUCUGGUGAGCUAGACGAUGCCGUGGCGGACAACGACAAGGUGAUCCUGCGAAGCAUCGCCGACGAGUUGCGGGCCAGCUUGCCUCCGGACGCCAUGGUGACGUGCGAGAGCCAUGUCCGACAAAAGGUGCGGGAGCGGGCGCGUCCGACGGCGCACGUGGACGCCUUCCUGUACGACGAGGAGCGCGUGGACGCUCUGUGUGAGGCGGGGAGCAUGAGCCGCUGCUACUGCCUCGCCUGCGGAUCCAGCAGGACCGCGCCUUUAGACUUCGUGUCGCACUCCUUUUCCGUGUCGGAGCUGGCCUUCUUGUUCCGGAACGUUCUGCCAGACCUGAGCGGCCGCACGCUGGUGGACGUGGGCUCAAGGCUGGGGGCGGUGCUAUAUGGGGGCUACCUGUUUAGCUCUGCCUCCAGGCUGGUGGGCGUGGAGCUCAGCCAGGAUUUUGUGGACCUUCAAAACAAAAUGGUGGACAAGUACGCAAUGAGGGACCGGGUCCAGGUUGUCCACGCUGACGUGUGCACGCAGGACCGUCUGCUCCAGAGCGCCGACGUGGUGGUCAUCAACAACGUCUUCCAGUUCUUCAUGGAGCCCGACCAGCAAGUCAGGGCCUGGAAGUGGAUCACGCAGACCUUGAGGAAGACCGGCUCUCUGCUAGUGACGGUCCCCAGUUUGCAGGAGACUUUCAACACUCUUCAGGAGACGCUGCCGGACGACUGGGUGCUGGAGCUUCCUCUGGACUAUGACGUGUACGUACAGGAUGCGGACCCCGAGGCCCUCCGACAGAUCCACCUGUACAAGGUGGUCUGAACCUGUCCUUGGACUAGUAUCGUGCUUCCUGGUCCUCGUGGGACUGCUUCUUUAGACUGUCUGACACCAGGUUGGACUGAUGCCUGUGCAUACGUCCAAAUAAAAUGAUGACGUGG